GCGAGUCGGGUAUUGAAAUUACGGAGUCAUUAAUAAACCCUACAAGCUUGAGUCUCAGGGGUUUAUCACCUCCAUCAUCUGGGCUUCCGGCUUCUGAGCAUCGGCGGCGCCGGCAACAAUGGGCGGCUCUCGUGUUCAAGUCAACAAGCAACACAAGACUCGGUUCGCUUCGAAGUCUUCUCGCAACGUUCACAAGAUUCCCUCAAACGAUAAAGCAAAAUCGGUCAGGCCUGAACGAAAUGUCAUCAAGGGAGCUCGGAAUGCUCGGCUACAACGCAACAAGAUGGCGAGGGAGCAAAAGAAGGCAGCCCUUUUGAAGGAGAAAAGGGAAGGAUCAAAGGCUCCUCCCCGUGUCAUUGUCCUGUUUGGUCUUUCUGCAUCUCCGGACCUAUGUUCACUCGAACAAGAUAUUCUAACAUUAUUAUCAGCUGAAGUCACUUCUGUCUUUCCAGCAGUUGCUUCUUCGGAGUUCAAGCUAAGAGCAACAGUCUUGAAAGCACCUCAUGGUGAUCUGUUGGCAUGUAUGGAAAUGGCCAAGGUCGCUGAUUUGAUUGCUUUUGUAGCAUCUGCGAGUGCUUCAAGUGAAGAAGAUUGCCCCUAUAUUGAUCGUUUUGGAUAUCAUUGUCUCUCUGUAUUCAGAGCUAUUGGUCUUCCAAGCACUGCAGUACUCAUUCGUGAUUUACCCAGCGAAUUAAAAAGAAAGCAGGAUUUGAAGAAAUCAUGCAUUUCUAGCCUUUCUUCUGAAUUUCCAGAAGGUUGUAAAUUUUAUUCAGCAGAUACAAGAGAGGAGUUGCAUAAGUUCAUGUGGCUCUUUAAAGAGCAAAGAUUAACAUCCCCACAUUGGCGUAACCAGCGUCCUUAUGUCAUGGCUCAGAAGGUUGAUUUUGUGGCUGAUGAAUCCACAACUGAUAAAUGUACGCUCUUACUCACUGGCUAUGUUCGUGCUCGUGGUCUCUCCAUCAAUCAGUUGGUUCAUGUUUCAGGAAUUGGAGAUUUUCAGUUUUCCAAAAUUGAACUACUUAAGGAUCCAUGUUGCUUGAAUUUGAGAAAAGGAGAUGACUUGAUGGAGUCAGAUGAUAUAACAGAUACACAAGUAGUCUGUUUCCUUACUCCUGACCCUCUGAAGCAAGAUCCUUUAAUCGUUGAAAAUGUCCCGGAUCCAUUGGCUGGAGAGCAGACAUGGCCUACAGAAGCUGAAAUGGCUGAAGCUGAAAGGGAUCACAAGGAAAAAAAGAAGAAACCUAAGACUCUUCCUCAUGGAACUUCUGACUAUCAGGCUGCUUGGAUUGUCAAUGACUCUGAUAGUGAACAUUCAGAGACCGAAGAGGGAGAUGACGGUAUGGUAUUAGAUAAUGGUGAAGAUGUAUUGCCUAACCAAAGGGAAAAGGAUGACUUUGCUGUUGAUGAGGACCAGACUUCCAUUUCAAUGAACUCAGAUGAAGAAACUGAUACAGAAUCUGUGUUUAUGGAGACUGAGAAGUUGACUACAGAGCAAAUUGAGGAUGAUAUUAAGAAAAUUAAAGCAGCUCAUGCAGAAGACGAAGAGUUCCCUGAUGAAGUUGAUACACCACUGGAUGUUCCUGCUAGGAAGCGCUUUGCCAAGUACAGAGGCCUAAAAUCUUUCAGAACUUCUUCAUGGGAUCCCAAGGAAUCUCUACCUCCAGAGUAUGCUAGAAUAUUUGCAUUUGAUAAUUUCAACAGGACACAAAAGCAUGUACUGGCUAAGGCUCAAGACAUGGAGCGAAACAAUGCUACAGAAUGCAUAGUGGCGGGUUCGUAUGUGCGGCUUCAUAUUAGUUGUGUGCCCAUUGCUGCUGCAAAUAAGUUAUGUAUGCUUGUGAAGACCAUGCCAGUAAUCACUUGUGGUCUCUUGCAACACGAGUCUAAAAUUUCCGUCCUUCACUUCAGUGUUAAGAAGCAUGAUUCAUACACUGCUCCUAUAAAAUCAAAAGAGGAGUUGUUGUUUCAUGUUGGGUUUCGCCAGUUCGUGGCGAGGCCAAUAUUUUCUUCCGACAAUAUUACUUCUGACAAGCAUAAAAUGGAGAGGUUUCUCCAUGCUGGACGCUUUUCAAUUGCUUCAGUCUAUGCUCCGAUUUCAUUUCCUCCACUUCCAUUGAUUGCUAUGAAAACCAAUGGAGAAGCAACUUCACCAGCCGUUGCUGCUAUUGGCUCUUUAAGAUGUAUUGACCCGGAUAGGAUUAUUCUAAAGAAGAUUAUACUAACAGGGUACCCUUUAAGAGUUUCGAAAAUGAAAGCGUCUAUAAGAUACAUGUUCCACACUCCGGAGGAUGUGAGAUGGUUCAAGCCUGUUGAGGUUUGGACAAAGCUUGGUCGCCGUGGUCGCGUUAAGGAACCUCUCGGCACACAUGGGGCGAUGAAAUGCGUGUUCAAUGGAGUCCUCCAGCAGCAUGACACUGUAUGCAUGAGUUUGUUCAAACGUGCAUACCCGAGCUGGCCGAAGAAUUGUUACCCUCUACAGUUGGCGGUGGGUAACCCUUAAUUAAGCCUCCCCCCACCCCGAACCAUUUGUGUGGGUUCCUCCAUGAUCGGUCGGUUUGGUGCAAUGCUGUCGUUCUUCUUUCUGGAAGUGGGAAUGAAGCUCCGGUUCAGAAUUUAGGCCAAAUUUUGUCUCUAUAUCUCAUCAUCUCAUCGUCUUUACCUCUGUUAAUCGCAGGAAGCCCAAAUAGGUGCAAUAGGAGUGUAUUUCUAGUUUAAUUUAUGUUGAAUUUUACCUUCUUAUUUUUCCUACAUUGGGUUAUGUGUGCUUUGGUUUGUCCAUUCUCUGUAACAUAUGAUAUAAACUACUUUAUGAAAAACAAUAAGUAAUGCCAUUCUUAUUUUUUUCAAAGGCCUUUGGGAUUAUUAUAGAUGAAAUUAAGAACAUCUCAUUAU